AUGAAAAAACAGCUAUUGAUAAAAGAAAACAAAAAAAAACUGGAAAUAAUGCAACUAGAGUAUGAAGAGAGAAAAAAGAGGGAAGAUGAGGAAACAAAGCGUGUGUUAAUACAACUGCCUGAGAAACUAGAAAUUUCAGAUUUCUCCAUAAAUAGCGCCAUCAAGUAUCACUUUAAUAAACCUAGCGGAAACAAUUGA